UCGGUGACUAUUGCGGUACCGAUGAUGGGUCCCGGGUCUCGGUGGAGACGAGACCCGCAGGGGUCGUAGGGGGCGACCGGGGGUGGGGCGGUGCCAGAAGUCUGGGGCGGUGCCGGGGGCGUUGGCCUGGGAGUCUCGGGGCGGUGCCGAGGGUGGUCCCGGUGCCGGGGCGGUGCCGCUCCGGGGGUGGGCAUUGGGCGGCCGUGCCCGGCGGCUCCGGCAGGUGGAGCCCGGUCCCCGCGGCGGGCGGGCGGACGGGCCGGGCGGGCCGGGCAUGGCGGGGUAACGGCGCGGACCCACCAUGCGGCCCCGCCGCCUCCUGCCGCCGCUGCCGCCGCUGCCGGUGCUGCUGCUGCUGGCGGCCGCGGGCGGGCGGCGGGCGCGGGAGGUGCUGCUGCGGGUGCAGGUGUUCGAGAGUGGGACGCUGGCCCCGCUGGCACAGGCGGCCCUGGAUGUGUUUGGCGCCCGCAGCGCGCUGGCAGCCGGGACCACUGACCACACAGGCACCGGGGUCCUGCCCGUGCCCUACCGCUUGGGCUCCUGGCUACUUGUCACUGCCGCACGCCGUGGAUACGUCACCGCCUCAGUCCCCUGGCGCGUCACCAAAUUGCCACUCUAUGCCUCCAUCAGCCUCUACCUGCUCCCAGAGCGCCCGGCCACGCUCAUCCUCUACGAGGACCUGGUCCAGAUCCUCCUGGGAUCCCCAGGUGGCCGUGGGCAGCCGUGGGCGCAGUUCCCACGGCGGGCAGCCCGCCUGCCCCGCAGCUCCACCUACAGCCAGCUCGCCGCGUCCCUCACCGCCGCCUCCGGGCCCAGCCUGGCCCGCGCCUUCCCCGCCUUCCUCGGGGUCGAGCAGGACGGCAGCGCCAAUGGCACCUGGCUGGAGCUGGCGCCGGUGGCGGCUGUCAGCGUCCACCUGUUCACCGGGAACGGGACCGAGGUGCCGCUGGCUGGCCCUGUCCACCUGUCCGUCCCUUUGGCCCCUGACGCCGCGGCCGUGGUGGCCACCAGUGUGCCAGCCUGGAGGUUUGACCACAAGAGCGGACUGUGGGUCCGUAACGGGACGGGGCUGAUCAGAAAGGAAGGCCGGCAGCUCUACUGGACAUUCGUGUCCUCCCAGCUAGGAUAUUGGGCAGCAGCUCUGCCUUCCCCCAGCACAGGGCUGGUGGCGAUGGCAGCGGGUGUGACAGACAUCACCACCUACCACACCAUCUUCCUCCUCACCAUCCUGGGUGCCCUGGCCCUGCUCGUCCUCAUCCUCCUCUGCCUCCUCAUCUACUACUGCAGGCGGCGGUGCCUGAAGCCGCGGGCGCAGCACCGCAAGCUGCCGCUGCCGGGGCCGCUGGACGCGGCGCGCCGGGACCAGGCCACCUCGGUGUCCCAGCUGGACCUCCUGUGCGGGGGCAGCCACCUGGAGACCGCCUCCUCGGGGGGGGAUACCGACCUGCCCACCCCCAGCCUGCCCCCCUCGACCCGCGAGCUGACCCCCGCCCGGCCGGACUUCUUCCAGCCGUCGGCCCCCGCCCCGCUCCGGGCCGGCCCCCGGCCUUCCGCCGCCACGCUGGGCCCCCGCCGCCGCCAGCCCCCGGCCCACGAGGACUACGGGCGCCCCGGCGAAGCCUUCGGCCUCCGGGCGGCCCGCUCGGUGGACGGGCUGCAGCCGCCCGACGAGCAUCCCCGGGGCACCCCCGCCUUCCCCCCGCGGCCCCCCUCGCCCUCGUUCUCCCGAUACGGGGCGCAGCCGACCGAGCACCCGCUGCCUGAGCCGCCCCCGCGCCCGCCCUCGCUGGCCCCCCCCGGCCCCCUGCUGCUCUGCGGCCCCCUGGACCGGGGCGGGGGGCCCGAGGAUGUUUACCGGGGGGUGAUGCCCACGCUCCUCAUCCCUGCCCGCUACAUGCGCCUGGCCCCCGGCGAGCCCGAGGGUCCCCCCGAAGCCGAUGGGGGACCCGGUUCGACGGCGGCGACGGCCGCGCCCCCGCCCCCACCAUCCUCCGGGCAGCCCUUCGAGGAGGGGGAAAAUUGGGGCGGGGCUCGUGCCCCCCAGCCGGUGAGUGGCUCGGUGGCCAUCCCGGUGCUGCUGGACGGGUCGGCGGUAGCCCAGCUCAACGGGGAGCUGCAGGCGCUGGCGGGGCAGCAGCUCCUGGAACUGGGGGGACCGCCACCCCCGAGGGCCUGGUUCGUGUCCCUGGACGGGCGCUCCUCCCAGGUUCGGCAUUCCUACAUCGACUUACAGGGCAGCGAGAGGGGCCCCGGCCCCGCGCCCCCUCCCCGCCUCUCCCGGGCUGCCGGAGGCGGAGAGGAGGACGGGGGGCCCCGGGCCCCGCUGCCCGCAGCCUCCCCCGAGGACAGCUCGCUGGCUCCCUUGCUGGAAGCGGGCAGCGGGGGGCGGCGAGGGGGGGGCAGCGGGCGCAGCAGCGCCAGCGAAGCCCCCCGAGACUCCCUGACCAGCCCCGAGGAGGAGGCGCUGGCCGAGGCGGGCGACGGGGGGGACGAGGGGGGCGACCGCAAGAGCCCCUGGCAGAAGCGGGAGGAGCGGCCUCUGAUGGUCUUCAAUGUCAAGACAGGGGGGUCUGGCACUGCCCCCCGAGCCAGUGGUGCCUCCAAGCUGCCAUAGGAGCCAGGGAGCCCCUAUCCCCCCACCCUCAUCCCCCUUUGGAUUUUAACUGUGUUUCUAAACGUUUUCUACGUGGCGAGGAUGAAGAGGGGUCAUUGGGGCCAGGCUGGCAGAGGGGGGGCCAUGGGGACCCCCCCGGGUGCCAGGCUGGGCAGGGAGCUGUGGCCUGCACCUGCCUGCACGUCCUGCCUGCUCCUUAGAGGCAUUAAUAUA